CAUGUAAACAUCAUUAUCACAUCCCCAAUCAUAUCUGUUGAAAUGGCCUCAGAAGUAAGUUACAUCUGCAAAAGAACUGUGGUGAGCACCAAGGCAGUGGAGCCAGGAAAAUACUUUCCCUUAUCAGCUUUGGAUCACCACAUGGAGCACAACCACAUUAGGUUGGUGUGCUAUUACCAAGGUUUACGAGAAGUAAUGGAGCUUGGAGAAAUAACCAAGAAAUUGAGAGAGAGUUUAUCAGAAAUGCUGACCCAUUUCCCUAUGGUGAGUGGAAGGUUGACAAGAGAUGAAAGAGGGAAAUGGAAGAUCAAGUGCAAUGAUGCUGGUGUGAGAGUGGUGGAGGCCAAAGCCAAAGGGAGUGUGGAAGAAUGGCUUGCAAAUGUUGAUAGGGAAAAGGAACUCCAACUUGUGCAUUGGGAGGACAUGUUCCACAAACCUUAUUAUUGGUCCACAUUUUAUGUUCAGGUGACUGAAUUUGAAGAAGGUGGAUUAGCAAUUGGCCUAAGCUGUGUUCAUCUCUUGGCAGAUUCCACUUCUGCAACUUCAUUCAUGAAAGCCUGGGCUGACAUUUCAAUGGGCAACAAAAUCAUUACUCCUCCACUGUUCCACCCUUUACCUCUCACAACACAAGCAAACAAAAACACCAAUCAUCACCCUCACAUGGGAUUAAUACACCACUACAAGUCAUUAAUUGAAAAAAAACCCAUUUGUUUGAAGGAAGCAAAAUACACUACCAUUUCCCUGGGCUUCUCAGCCCAAAUGGUUCAGGCCUGCAUGUCCAUGGCCCAAUUCAACGGCCCAAUAACACCCUUUGAGGCCCUAGCAGGCUUGUUUUGGGUCUCUUUGAGCAGAGCCAAGGGCCUGAGAAAUGAGCUUGUUGACAUGUCCAUAUGCUUGGACAUGAGAAAAGUGUUGGGCCUGGAUACUGGGUUCUUUGGGAACUGCAUGGUGUAUAAUAAGGUCCAUGAAGUAGAAGGGGAGAAUCAGACAUUGAAAUUUGCAGAAGCUGUUAGGGCAAUAAGUGAUGUUGUGGCUAGAAUGGAUUCUGAGGGUGUGAUGGAUUUGAUGGAGUGGCUAGAAAAUGGUGAUGUGAAUUCACCUACCAUGAUGAAUGGUCAUGAUCUUGUUUGUGGUAGCUUGGAGGGUGUGGACCCUUAUUUUGUGUUUGAAGAUAGGUUGAAACCCAUUCAUGUUUCUUGUUAUGUGGAACCAGUUUUGGGAGAAGGACAAGUUUUGAUACUCCCUGGCCCACCUGGGGAGGGUCCCUUAAGUAGAGUGGUCAUGGUGACCUUAAGAGAAGAGGAAGCAACUAAACUUUGUGAAGAUGAACUUAUCUCACAAUUCUCUCCCACUACCCUAAUCAAAUUUUGA